AUGAAGCUCCUCACAACACUCUUCUCCUCUUCGCUCCGUCUCCAGUCUGCGCUCGGUCUUAGCCUGCCAGAUAUAGCCGUCAAGCACGUCAAGAUCCUCGGCGAGCAAAGCAGCCACCAACUCGAAGAUCGCGUCUUCCGCGACGGCGGACACUCCGUCGCCAUUGGCGGCAAGAUAAUAUGGCUCUUCGACGACACUAGCAGCGUGACGAAGCGCGACCACAACCUACUCUCCUUCGUCUCUAACAGCGUGGCGUACGCCUCGGACCCCGACGACGACAUUGCGGCGAUUGAGGACCUUGGAGACAAUACAGGCGACCGUAUAGAUCACACCUGGAUUCCGUUCACCGAGGACGAGAAGAAGUACAACGAUGCGCACAAGGGCAAGGAAAGGAUGGCAAUCUGGCCGGGGACAAACCCUCUCCCCAUCAGCACCGAGGAAGCCAUCCUGUGGGCUCCCCGCGUCCACGUCGAUGCUCAGGCACAGAAAGUAACCCUCCGCGCCGAGGGCAUGACGCUGCUCUCCAUCAACAUAACGCAGGACGGCCCGCAAGUGACACGGCUAGUGGACAAGAUAGACGGCGCGAUACAAUACGGAGGCUUUGCAGCAGUACAAGGCGGCAGCCCCAACGCGCGCUUUGUCUACCUCUUCGGCGCCGACGCGUACGGUCUCCAGCUCGCGCAGGUCCCCCUCGACGUCAUCCAAGACGAGCGAAAGCGCCGCUACUACCAUCCCCGUCUACACAUGUGGGCAGAAACACAACCGCUAUCCGGCCUUGCAAGCAAGGAAGACCUCUACCUCGCCGGCACCUUCUCCUCAGGCUCCAUCUUCUUCAGCCCGUAUUUCCGAACCUUCUUGAUGAUCUACUUCAACAACGUAGCGGACUCGACGUUCUACCUGCGCUACCUCGACCUCAGCGCCCCAAGAGGCCCGACGCACGGGAAGGCCGGACAUGUUCUCGGACCAGACGACAUUGAGGCACUGGGGUCGUUCUACUGGUCGCCGGAGAUGAACCUCUGGCGCUCGCCGCCGACGAAACACGGAUACAACUAUGCUGGACAGGUGCACCCGGAGUACUUUAACAGGCUGUACUAUGCACCGUCUGUUUACUCUGACGCCCAGCCGACCGAUUUUCCCUUCUACGGCUCCGGCGUAGUGGAUCCCGAGACGCCGGACGGAAAGCACAUCCUCCUCAGCUACACGCGCCAGAUGGGCAACGGUAGAUACCAGGUCGAACUUGCGAGGCUCGAGUUUGAGGGAAUAGCCGGCCGGCCGGAGACGGAUGGUGCGUCUGUAGGCCGGGAGGUCGGCUUGGGGUGUGUGUCCUUGCUGUUGGGGUCGGUUUUCGUGCUGAACCUUCUGGUCUGCACUGGGAGGCUUUGA